AUGAUUCUCAAGUUAAUAGUCGGGAGGAUACUACUACCCUACAUCUUGAUCCUGAGCACCGCUGAAGCCAUUUCGUUAUGGAAACCCCAUUACCUACAAUUCUCUGGUUUCAAUAAAGGGCCGCCAGUCGUGUCAGUUACAGAAAAUACCCCGAAAAUUCCACCGCUUGGCCUUACAGGCGAGAGUCUACUUUGCUACUUUGAAAGGAAUUUAGGCCCCGUUAACAUUCCGAAUGAAGAGUCUUCUAAGCCUGUGAGAAUAAACAGGUUGUAUGAAAGUUUGGCGCAAUACCUCAAGUUGGAAAAGCAGAAUGGUGAUGCGCCAUCUUCUGAGUCUUGUAUACCCGAAGACUCAAUCGUUGCUAAAUUAACUAAGGAUGUUAACAUAUUAGGAAAUGUGCAUUCCCAUAAUGAUUACUGGAGGAAAUUACCUUUAUUGGAAGCCCUCCUGUACGGAGUCACCAGCGUUGAAGCUGAUGUUUGGCUUUACAGAAACAGCACAGCUUUGGCAGUUGGUCAUAACCUUGGCUACUUGAACACAGCACAACAUGACUUAAGAACAUUGUACUUGGACCCCUUGGUCCAAAUCUUGGACCAAGUCAAUUGCCACAUGGAUACUGAAAGCCCGUUGUACGGCCCAUUCUACGACGAUCCAGCACAACAGCUAUUGUUAUAUAUCGACUUUAAACCUGCAGAGCGAAGAAGAACAUUCAUAGUGCUUUUGGAGUACUUACGACCAUUAAUAGAACGUGGGUACCUUUCAUAUUAUGACUUCGAGACCAAAACCCUUACUACAGGGCCAAUAACCGUCAUUCUUACCGGAAACUACCCUCCUGAUAGUGAGAUAAGUUUCCCAAAUAAUCGCAGAUACACAUUCCUUGACGCACCCUUGCAUAAAUUAGCUUCUAAGCAUGGUUUGUACACAGCAAGUGCGGUGUCUAUAGUGGCAUCCGCAUCAAUGGAACAAUUAUUAGAUUACUGCAACAUUAUGGGUGCUUCAGACACCGCAUUCAAUCCAAAACAUGCCACUGAUUUGCCAUGGAAAGAGAUAGAAUGCAUAAAACAGCAUGUAUCCAAAGCACAUGAAUUUGGUCUUCAAACAAGGAUAUGGGGAGUACCUCAAUGGCCCGUACAUGGAAGAAAUAUUCUAUGGAAAAAGCUACUUGAUGUAGGAGUUGACUACUUGAAUGUAGAUGACCUACGUGCAGUCAAGAACUUCUGA